UGUCACUUAAGGCAUAUGUCCAAAUGCUUGACAAGAGAACAGUGCACUUUGGAAGAACUGGCAAAAUAUCAGCUGAUACCUUCAGCAAAAGCUUCUCGGAGUGGGUUGCUGUAAGGUUUCAGGUGGAGAAGAUAUGUCAGGAGACAUUUUUCAGCUGCCCUGCCUGCACUCCAGAAAUGCUUGCCGUCUCCGUUGAUGGAAACCGCAAGCUUUAUCGCUUUAAAUCAAAUGCAAGCACUUCACAGCAAAGCAACUUUGAAGACAUCUUCAUUUUAAAAGAUGAGGAGGUUGCUGACUUUGUAAGCCACGUCCACAGACGGACAAGUCAUGUGUCAGGAAAAGGGGCUUGUGGAUCUUCAGCUUGGACAGCAGCUAAGGGGUUAUCCAGGAAGUCCACCAGCAAACUGGAUGAGGAAGGGCUUGAAAUAGCUGUUUGUCGCCAUGGAGUCCUCCUCAGUGCUCUAAACAUGUAUCGAGGAGAGAUUUUUGCGUACCCACUUUUCCUCCAGAAGACGUUAGCAGCAAGUACCCCAGGAAACAUCACAUUCCUUUGCUCAGAUGUAGCCUGCAAAUAUUUUCCUUAUCUGGCCAAGGUGGCUCAGCAGUGCCCUGAGAUGAGGGAUCUCUUGUCCAUGCGUCCUUUCCUUUCGGUCAUGCAUGCAAAGGCACACACUGGGAAAUGCGAGAUUAAAUGGGGAGGCGCUUUUCAGGAAGGUGCAGGCUCAACAAUUGGAGAAGAGGUUGAGCAAGUGAACAGUUUCCUGUCCAGAGCAGCCAUCACAACCAAGUACAUGUCUAAAGCAGGUCGAACAGACAUGCUGACCCUCCUGGCUUGGGGGUGGAAUAAAAGGAAAGUGGAGAACAUGGGCCGCACUUUGAGCCAGAGAUACCUUAAGACUGUAAGGAUGCUUAAGGAACAAGUGGAGAGCCUGGAUGCUACCAAAGAUGAGCUGGGCGUAGAUGACAGCACAAUGCAGUCAUGGGUGUGUGAUGUGCAGCAAUGGGCUGAAGAAACUCAUCAGAGUGAUGGCAGCCUUGGGGCAUUACAGGCACAAAUAGAGGAGCUUGCUGUGAUCAUCAAAGUGCGAAGCCAAAAUCUCUACAGACAAACUGAUAGCAACAAGAGACGCCACAAAAUUCGAAAAGUCAUUUUGGAUGAGAAGAAACGCUUGUCAAUUGCCGUUGAUGACUACAACAAGCUGGCUGAACCACCUUUACAGAUUGUGUCACUUGAUGCCAUCCUCCAGACUGACACGUGGCCUUGGCAGAACAUAAGACUUGCUGCAGACCUUCAGACCAAAAGGAAGGUGUUUGAGAAGGUGAUGGCUGUGAGGCGCCUGAAGGAGGAGGAAAUGCUCCUUUGCAAAGAAAUGCAGCAGCAUUGGACAGUGAUGAAGGCACAACAUUUGAAGCUGGGAACUAUCUCCUCCAACUCUUCUUUUGCUGACAUGUCUGAGGAUGCACAGAAGGGACUACGGUGUCUGGUGCUUAAAAAGCAAACAGAGCUGAAAGCACAAAUGCUGAAAGUGAAGGACUACUACAGCAGAAUCCUGAGCCACCAACCGCUCCUCGAGGAGGAGAUGCCAGAAGAAAAUGAUGCAGCUGACAGUGAUUUCAGCACUUCUGACGAGGACUAAGUGUGUCUAGUUAUGUUGCCAAUUUCACCUGUAGGUCACACCUAUGCUCUUCUUGAUUAGUUGUGUAUCUGAUUUGAUUAUUUUUUUUUUUCCUGUUUCCAAUGUUAAGACUGUCUGCUUUGAUACUACAGUUUUGACAUACUACUUCAUAAUUUGACCUUUGACAUAUGCAAUAUUUUCAUAUGCAAUGUUUAACUUUGUGUAAUUUUGUACAUAAUAUGAGCUCAUCUUAAUGUUGAAACCUGUAUCAAAAAUAUGACUAAAACAUCUUUCUAUCACUUAAGAAUUAUUGAUACGGUGGAACCUUUUCUCUCUCUGGCUGACAUAUAUUUUCAGAUUAUUUUACUAGUUAAUAAAUCACUCCAUAGUCAUGCACUUAAAGAUAUUUUAGGACUGCUCUCAAGAUACA